UGGCCGGCGAACAGCAAGUCAAGAUUUGAGACACCCAAGGACCUGUCAGCAUGUUGUCACUGGCACUGCUCUACGUUUUGGCUGUGGUUUGCUCUGCAAGGAGAAUUCAUGCAUUACCUCUGUACUCAGAUGCCACGCUGCCGGCACAUGAAGAUCUGCUUCAGAAACUGGUUGCAGAGGUUGAUGUGGGUCAGAGUAAUGACUUAACAGAACAAAGAGACAUCAAAAAUGUUCUUCCGGUCCUGCUGCAGCAAGAUGCAAAAGAAAGCUUACAGCAAGAGAAAAUUAAUAACAUGGUGGAUGAUUUUAAAGCUGUCAUCUUGAAACUAGCAGCAGCCAAUAACCUGCGUUCUCAAGGCUUUGUACGAUCUCAACAAAACUUGCCCAAAAACAAUAAAAGAGCCUGUUUCUGGAAGUAUUGUGUAACAAACUAGGAUUUUACCCGUCACAGAUGAAAAAAGGACCAGCCUACCAUAGCCCUUCUGUACAAACAUCUAAAAUCUAUGUUUAUUCCCUCAUAAUAUUUCUGUGAAACUGACAUUUGAAAUUGUGUAUAUUGUUUAUAUAUAGUAUGUAAACUGGAAUACAAAUGUAUUUUUUAUCUUAAAUGAAACUCAUAAAAUGAUCUAGAACUGCAAUUGUAAAAUAAAUACAGUCUGGAUAGGGCAGACUAUC